UAAUUUAGCGUUUGAUGAGGUUGGCACGUGCGCAACAAUUUCACACGCUUCAUCAAAAUAUCCUGGGCUGCUGCUUCAUUUAUCCUCAUCUCACAUUCCAUCAAUCCACUGUUCUUUUCAUCAAUGGCGUCCUUUGCCUUCUACCAACCCCUCUCCCCUUCUUCUUCCCUCUCCACACUCAGAAAAACCCUAAUUUCUGAUCUAAAUCCCAAAUCUAGAAACCCUUUGUCCUCAUUCCCACUCCUCCAACCGAAAACCCUAACCCUAUUCCCAAAUCUCAAACCCCCCACUUUCCGCCCUCCACACUCUUCCACUGAUAUCACCGCCAUCUCCGCCGCCACUUCGCAGCAGUCACUCAAAUCGCGUCUCAAGAAUGGCGAAACCCUCUAUGGGAUCUUCCUCCUCACCUUUUCCCCGACAAUCGCCGAGAUAGCUGGGCUCGCUGGCUACGACUUCGCCGUAGUGGAUAUGGAGCACGGACACGGGGGAAUCUCAGAUGCUCUCCCCUGUCUUCACGCCCUUGCUGCCACUAACACAGCUGCUAUUCUCCGUGUUCCCGAGUCCUCGGCCACGUGGGCUAAAAAGGCCCUGGAUCUGGGCCCUCAGGGAAUCAUGUUCCCCAUGAUUGACGGCCCGAAAUCAGCCCGUAAAGCCGUCUCUUAUUGUCGAUUCCCGCCCAACGGCGUCCGGGGUUCGGCCCACACAAUCGUCCGGGCGUCCGACUACGGCAUCAACGAAGGGUACUUGAGUAAUUACGAAGAGGAGCUGCUGGUCAUGUGCCAGGUGGAGUCCGAGGACGGGGCCAAGAAAAUCGAAGAAAUCGCGAACGUGGACGGAGUUGACUGCAUACAAAUGGGGCCUCUGGAUUUGAGUGCAAGCAUGGGGUAUCUGUGGGACCCAGGUAACAAGAAGGUGAGGGAGGUGAUACGGGCUGCGGAGAAGGGGGUGCUCAAAGAAGGUGGGGCGUAUUUGUCUGGUUUCGUGAUGCCGUACGACGGGGCGGAGGAGCUGCGGCGAAGAGGAUACCAUAUGGUGGCGGGAGCGGCGGAUGUGGGGCUGUUUAGGACUGCGGCGGUGGAGGAUGUCAAGAAAUUCAAGAUGAGUUUAGCGGAAGAAGAGUCUGAUGAGGAGAAGGAAAAUGGCAAAGUUCCUGAGGAGAAAUACUGGAGCGAAUGAAUGUUUCCUUGUACAUUUACAUUUUUGGAAAAUAAACCAUGUUGUUUCCAUUGGUUUCUUA